AUGUGGUCAUUUCUAUUCUUGCCCCUAUUGGCUAUUCCCGGGGAAAGCCGUCCAAAUUCCAAUGUCGAUCAGCAAGAACGUGGCAAUGAUAUUGACCACUGUAUGCUCGACGCACCAUCGUCAGUCGUGACCGUUACCUUUCCGGUGAUCUCAACGGUCUAUUCCACGAUAGUACGGACAGAGAGUUAUACUCAAUACUUUCCUGUACCCACGGAUUGGAGUGGCUGGCCUGGAUCGGAUACCGCAGGCACUUCUGGUACGAAAGGGUUCGAUUCUGGAACACAGCCCGAGGACCAAUCCAAUCCAGCGUUAAACGCAGGACUCCCGCCGUGGUUGAAACACUGGGAUGGAAAUGACGAGAACGAGGACGGGCCGCAGGCGAACUCCGAACGGCCUGGAUGGCGUUGGCCUUGGUCAAGACCUGAGGCACCCCAGCAUGAGGCAGGGCAGCCAGAGGAUUUAGGACAGGCAGUUGGUUCCGGACAGUCCAAACCCAAGUCAAGCUUGCAACCGCCUCCGCCCUCCUGGUCAUCUGAGAAGAACACUGUCACCAGCACCAGGGCCUUCUCCACUUCCACCACCUCCUCAACACGUUCAAGCAGCUCCAGGUCACCACAGCCUACCCCAACCCCGGAUGAUUGGCCGGACCACACUGUGACUGCAUACUUUGGCGCAGGAAACACCAACAUCUUUCCAGCAGAGAAGAUUCCUUGGAAGUACCUCACACAUCUAUGUUUCGCGUUUGCCAGCGUGGGUGGUGCAGCGAACAACUAUUCCAUUAGCCUGGGUUCGCAUCAAGCACUGCUUCGCUAUCUGAGUGAACAAGCACAAGCACACGGCGUCAGAUUGAUCUUGAGCAUUGGAGGUGCUGGCGACGGUGGGAAAUAUUUUUCCGACAUGGUUCAGACCAACCAGUCUAUCAGUGCAUUUGUGGAAUCAGUAAAGGACGUUGUGUCCGAGUUUGAUCUCGCAGGAGUUGACAUCGAUUGGGAACAUGUCGGGAAAUUGACUGAUGCCCCCAUUGAAAGGCCUUUUACCGACGCAAACGGUUAUUUGCAGAUGCUGAAGGCUUUGCGAGCAGCCCUACCUGUGGCAGAACUGUCGGCUGCUGUAUCGAUGAAUCUUUUCCGCAAAGCCAAGAGUCCAACAGAUGGGACGCUUGAGAACGUCGACAUGACUCCUUUCAUCCCACUAUUCGACCGGAUUUAUCUGAUGUCCUAUGACCUGUGGAACCCUCCGGACGACGACACGGCAGGUUCGAACGCAGCCCUGGAGUACCACGGCGAAUCCCCUUCCGACAUCCCUGAUGGUCAGGACUUCGGCGCCGAUGGCGUUCAAGCCUGGCAUGAUGCAGGCUUUCCCAUGAGUAAACUUGUCUAUGGCGUUCCUUUCUAUGGCUACGGAUACUACCUGACAGACGACAGCGACCCAAACACCACAGGACUCUACAGUCCAGUGGAGGACGGAAAAUCGUCAGGCGACAGUGAUGAGGGCCCCGACAGCACGUCGGGAUUCUGGAAGUGGAGGAAUCUUAAAUCACAGAAGGUAGUCGUCCAACAAGCCGACGGUAGUUAUGGCGCUGGUCCAGGAUGGACGUAUGGGUUCGACGAUUCGACGCAAACCCCCUAUGUCUUCACUGAUGGCAACUCGACCGACGAACCGCAGAUCAUCUCUUAUGACGAUCCACACAGCAUUGGUUUGAAGAAGAAAUUUGCCAAAAGUCGUGGAAUGGAGGGGAUGAUGUUCUGGGCUAUGUACGGUGACACGGAUGAUGCAGAGUUGACUCGGCUGCUCGCUUGA